AAAGCUCGCAUUAUUUCCCUGUAAAGUGUGGAAGGCGCAUUCAAUUCUGUCCUGUCAUUCAACAACUGAACAACUGAACAGGACUAAAUAUUCUAACCAUACCAUGGCUUCCGAAAGAUACAGUUUCUCUCUUACAACAUUCAGUCCUUCAGGGAAACUUGUACAAAUCGAGUAUGCCUUGGCCGCUGUAGCUGCCGGUGCUGCAUCAGUCGGCAUUAAAGCUGCCAAUGGUGUUGUUCUGGCCACUGAGAAGAAACAUCGGUCAAUCUUGUACGAGGAACACAGUGUUCACAAGAUUGAAAUGAUUACACCUAAAAUUGGCAUGGUGUACAGUGGCAUGGGACCUGAUUAUCGCCUUCUUGUUCGUCAAGCAAGGAAGAUGGCUCAGCAAUACUGGGUGACUUAUCAAGAACAAAUACCCACUGCACAACUUGUUCAGCGUGUUGCCACCUUAAUGCAGGAAUACACACAAUCUGGCGGUGUAAGGCCUUUUGGUGUUUCACUUCUCAUGUGUGGCUGGGAUGAAGGUCGCCCCUACUUGUUUCAGUGUGAUCCCUCUGGAGCCUACUUUGCCUGGAAAGCCACUGCUAUGGGCAAAAAUUACAUCAAUGGAAAGACAUUCUUGGAGAAACGAUACAAUGAAGAACUCGAACUCGAUGAUGCUGUUCACACAGCAAUUCUCACCCUCAAAGAAGGUUUUGAAGGAGGCAUGACAGAAGAUAAUGUUGAAAUUGGUAUCUGCAACGAGCAAGGUUUCCGUCGGUUAUCUCCCGCUGAGGUUAAGGAUUACUUGGCAAAUAUUGCUUGAUCGUAUGAAAUAUUUCUUUGAUUGAAACAUAUGUCGAAAAUAAAACUGAUGGUUGAUUAAAGAAAA